UUUACCUUGACCGGAUUUCUUCUAACAACGCCCACGCUUAUUUUUAUGUGAAGACUCAAAAUGCACUGAAUUGCUCAAUUGAAACGAAUAUAUCAUAUAUCAUCGAAAUACAACAUCAUGUCCCUACGCUCUCUCUUCCGUCCAGCGACCUUCGCACGCCGCAGCUUCACGGCCGCGGGGAGAAGAAGCUAUGCCAGCCAAACGCCCGGAAACCCCAUGCUGGAAGUCUUCAAUCGAAAGUCAAAGACUCUGCAGAAAGACCGCGCAGCUCGAAAUGUGGAAGAGGGCCGGAAAGUCGACUACAUCAAAGACGAAGUGGCGAUGCGGUUAUGCGAACGAUUACUGGAUAUCAAACGGGAAAUCCCUAACGUCCUCGACCUAGGCGCAAACAGCUGCAACAUUGCCCGCGCCCUCACAACUCCAACCCCGGACCUUGUCUCCCCAACCGGCGAAUCCCCACCUCUCUCCGAACGAAUCUCGCAACUCACCUGCGUCGAGACCUCUAAAGCCCUCCUUCACCGCGACGCAGACCUCCCCUUUAACAAAAACAUCGACAUCAAGCGCGACGUCAUCCCAGACCUCGAAUCCCUCCCUUACGAACCCGACUCCUUCGACGCGGUUCUCUCCUCGCUCUCGAUGCACUGGGUCAACGACCUUCCCUCGUUGUUAGCACAGGUGAACACGAUCCUUAAACAAGACUGUCCGUUCAUCGGGGUGAUGUUCGGUGGAGACACACUCUUUGAGUUACGAACGUCACUGCAGCUCGCGGACAUGGAGAGACGGGGCGGCGUGAGUCCGCAUGUGUCGCCGUUAGCGGAUGUUCGGGAUGUCGGGGGCUUGCUCAACCGGGCUGGGUUUAAAAUGUUAACGGUGGAUGUGGAGGAUAUCCUCGUGGAGUUUCCGGAUGUGUUUGCGCUGAUGACGGAUUUGCAGUCGAUGGGGGAGAAUAAUGCUAUUCUGCACCGGGAGUUAGGGCCUAUUUCACGGGAUGUGUUGCUUGCGACGGAGGGGAUUUAUCGGCAGUUGCAUAUGGAAGAGGGGAUGAGGGGGAUUCCGGCGACGUUUCGGUUGAUUUAUAUGAUUGGGUGGAAGGAAGGGAAGGGGCAGUCUCAGCCGUUGCAGAGAGGUAGCGGAGACGUUAAUCUGAAGGAUAUCUUGGGAGGAGGAGAUUUUGAAGGCCGGUAGUGUCAAGCAAUAUGUAUAAUAUAAAGGCUAAAACAUACAAAACGGGAUAUCAUCCACAAGUGGUGUAAAUCCACAGCCAGUACUAUGAAGUAACAGUAACAAGAAAAGAAGCCCGCUCCUAGUAAUCUCUUCGCAGUCUAAAGAAGCGUACACUUAGACAGUCCUCCGGUCCGUCAUGACACGAACAAUCGCACCAGGCCCGGUAAGUUCAACAAGCUUCUCAUGCCAGUUCAGCAGCACGCUCAUCUGCUGACCACCACCACCCUCGCCGAAAUUCCGGGUCUGAAUUUGCGAGAAUCCUCCCCCCGUGCUUUGCG